UUCUCACAGAUCUGGACCUCGACGUUCACAGUCACUUCUUGGAGCUUGUCACCCACUGCUCUCCCGUCCUCUGCCUGGACCGGGCCGCCACCGUGCGGCCCCUGCGGCUCCUGGCACGGCCCCGCGCUCAGCUGCCGCCCUGGCGCCCGCCACUCUGUCGUCCCCGGACCGGCGAGGACCCGCUCGGCCGGGGCGCAGGCGGCUGGGAAGGGGGCGCUGGCCCCGAGGCCGUGCAAGCGCGGCCACCAACCUGGGGUUGUCGGUGGAGGGCGAGUGCUGGCUCCCGGAGGACGCGACGCCCUUCGGGGCCGACGGGCCGCGCCCAGAGGCAGCCCUGGGAACGACCCAUCCCUUUUCCAGCCCUGGGGUGGGACUGGGGUUGGAAUGCGCUGCGCCCCCGUCUGCUGGCCUGCCCCCUGCCUGGGACGCGAUGAUGGCGGCCCUGUAUCCGAGCACGGAUCCCUCGGGCGCCUCCUCCUCCUCCUUGCUUUCUUCCCCAUCCUCCUCUUCGUCGCUGAAGGAGGUGAUGGCGCUAAAGGAUGUGCGGGAGGUGAAGGAGGAAAACACUCUGAAUGAGAAGCUGUUCUUGCUGGCGUGCGACAAGGGUGACUAUUACAUGGUUAAAAAGAUUUUGGAGGAAAGCAGUUCAGGUGACUUGAACAUAAAUUGCGUAGAUGUGCUUGGGAGAAAUGCUGUUACAAUAACUAUUGAAAACGAAAAUUUGGAUAUACUGCAGCUUCUUUUGGACUACGGUUGUCAGAAACUAAUGGAACGAAUUCAGAAUCCUGAAUAUUCAACAACCAUGGACAUUGCACCUGUCAUUUUAGCUGCUCAUCGAAACAACUAUGAAAUUCUUACAAUGCUGUUAAAACAGGAUGUAUCUCUACCGAAGCCUCAUGCAGUUGGUUGUGAAUGCACGUUGUGUUCUGCCAAAAACAAAAAGGACAGCCUCCGACAUUCAAGGUUUCGUCUUGAUAUAUAUCGUUGUUUGGCCAGUCCGGCUUUAAUAAUGUUAACAGAGGAGGAUCCAAUUCUGAGAGCAUUCGAACUUAGUGCUGAUUUAAAAGAACUGAGCCUUGUGGAGGUGGAAUUCAGGACUGAUUAUGAAGAACUAGCCCGGCAGUGUAAAAUGUUUGCUAAAGAUUUGCUUGCACAAGCCCGGAAUUCACGUGAAUUGGAAGUUAUUCUAAACCAUACAUCCAGCGAUGAGCCUCUUGACAAACGGGGACUGUUAGAAGAAAGAAUGAAUUUAAGUCGUCUAAAACUUGCUAUCAAAUAUAACCAAAAGGAGUUUGUCUCCCAGUCUAACUGCCAGCAGUUUCUGAACACUGUUUGGUUUGGACAGAUGUCAGGUUAUCGACGUAAGCCCACCUGUAAGAAGAUAGUGACUGUUUUAACAGUUGGCAUCUUCUGGCCACUUUUGUCACUUUGCUAUUUGAUAGCUCCCAAAUCUCAGUUUGGCAGAAUCAUUCAUACACCUUUUAUGAAAUUCAUUAUUCAUGGAGCAUCAUAUUUCACAUUCUUGCUGCUACUAAACCUAUACUCUCUUGUCUACAAUGAGGAUAAGAAAAACACUAUGGGACCAGCUCUUGAAAGGAUAGACUAUCUUCUUAUACUGUGGAUCAUUGGGAUGAUUUGGUCAGACAUUAAAAGGCUCUGGUAUGAAGGGUUGGAAGACUUUUUGGAAGAAUCUCGUAAUCAACUCAGUUUUGUCAUGAAUUCACUUUAUUUGGCAACCUUUGCCCUCAAAGUGGUUGCUCACAACAAGUUUCAUGACUUUGCUGAUCGGAAGGACUGGGAUGCGUUUCACCCUACACUGGUGGCAGAAGGGCUUUUCGCAUUUGCAAACGUGCUGAGUUAUCUUCGUCUGUUUUUCAUGUACACGACAAGUUCUAUCCUGGGUCCAUUACAGAUUUCAAUGGGACAGAUGCUUCAGGAUUUCGGAAAGUUCCUUGGGAUGUUCCUUCUUGUUUUGUUUUCCUUCACAAUUGGACUGACGCAGCUAUAUGAUAAGGGCUAUACGCCAAAAGAACAGAAAGACUGUGUGGGCAUCUUCUGUGAACAGCAAAGCAAUGAUACCUUCCAUUCGUUCAUUGGCACUUGCUUUGCUUUGUUCUGGUAUAUUUUCUCCUUAGCACAUGUGGCAAUCUUUGUCACAAGAUUUAACUAUGGGGAGGAACUGCAGUCAUUUGUUGGCGCUGUUAUUGUUGGGACGUACAACGUGGUGGUCGUGAUCGUGCUCACCAAGCUGCUGGUGGCCAUGCUGCACAAGAGCUUUCAGCUGAUAGCCAAUCAUGAAGACAAAGAAUGGAAGUUUGCUCGAGCAAAGUUGUGGCUCAGCUACUUUGAUGACAAGUGUACAUUACCCCCACCUUUUAAUAUCAUUCCUUCACCAAAGACUAUCUGCUAUAUGAUUAGUAGUCUCAGUAAAUGGAUUUGUUCUCAUACAUCAAAAGGCAAGGUUAAACGGCAAAACAGUUUAAAGGAAUGGAGAAAUCUGAAACAAAAGAGAGAUGAAAACUACCAGAAAGUGAUGUGCUGCCUGGUGCACCGUUACCUGACCUCCAUGAGACAGAAGAUGCAGAGCACGGAUCAGGCGACCGUGGAAAACCUGAACGAACUGCGCCAAGACCUGUCCAAAUUCCGAAAUGAAAUAAGGGAUUUGCUUGGCUUUCGGACUGCUAAAUACGCCAUGUUUUACCCAAGAAACUAACCAUUCUCUAAAUUAUGUAGAGAAGAAUUUUCAAUAAUAAUGGUGAAUCUGAAAGACUGUGUGUGCAUGACUUGCAUUAAGUCAAUAAGAUAUGUCUUGAAAUGAAGAAUUAUGUAAAAGCCAUUCUUUAACAUAUUUAUAACAUAAAUCUGUUAUGUAAAAUAUGUGUAAAAUUAGUUUUUUAAAACCCUGUGUUAGUGGCUUUUUGCAGAAGCAAAACAAGUUAGUAGAUAGAUUUUGUAAGCAUGCCGCUUGGUUUCCUAAUCUGAACAGUGCUCUAACAUUUUUUUUCUGUGUUUAAGGACAGUUAUUGUACACAUUACCAGAAGGUCCUGUAAAUGAAGACUGGUAAAUGUGGGCUGAUCUCCAUCCAUAGAAUAAGUUGAAAUAUUGAAGUCUUGGUUUUUAAUAUCUCUGUUUUAGAACUUCAAGUAUAUCAUUUAAGAGUAUACUUUCAUCUAAAACUAGUCUAUUUUUUAAAUUUUAUUAUAAUCCUAAGUAACAAAAAAAAACUUAAUGAAUAUUUGAACCUAUUUAUGUCUCUAUAAAUUUAAAUUCACUUCAGUUUCAUUACUGUUAUUUG